ACCGUUUAUUUUGAAAGUGGUGUAAGUCCAUUUUUGAAAAAAAAUGAGAUAUCACGUAAUUCAUGCUUAAUUUAAUGUACACUUUUUAUAUAUAAUUAGUCCGUAUUUAAUUUCUUAAAAAAUUUCCAUGUUUUGUAUAAUUUAAAAUUGGUCGGUAAAUGAAAUUGCAUAAUCAUCGAUUAUGAAAGUGGUGUAAGUCCAAUUGACAGAGGUAGAUGGCUUAGCAGAUGGUUGCCGAUCAGUAGCCUGUUGUUUUACAAUUGUUUUAUAUUAUGAUUUACAUUUGUUUUAUAUUACGUGUCAUAUUACGUAUCAAGAGUUAUUAAUUUAGGUUAUUUAUUAUAUUUUUUUCCUAAAAUGGAUAACUUCAUAUUAACUUCAGAUAGUGAUAUAGAAAUAAAGCCCAUGAAUAUAAACAGAAGAAUAAUCUUAGAUUCAGAGGAUGAAGAUAAUUCCUCUAUGAACAACAAAUUACCGAAUCGUAAAAAGAGAAGAAGAAUAAUAGAGGUAGAAUCUUCAUCAGAUGAGGAUAUUGUUACUGACAACUUACAUUCUGCAGAACAAAGGAAAGAAAAAUAUAUGCAACAAAUAAACAAAAUUAAGCGAAAUACUGGACAAAAAUACUAUACAAAAAGAGGAAAAUUCAUUCCAGCAAAAAAAUUUGAAUCAAAAAAUUGUAAUUGCUCGAAGAAAUGUGUAGAACGUAUUAGUGAAACACAACGAAAAGAAAUUUUUGAUAAGUUCUGGAAUAUAGGUGAUUUUAAUAAGCAAAAUAUAUUUCUCCAUUGUAAUGUUCAACGUGAAACUGUCAAUAGAAGAAGACCUAGAAAUAAUUCGGGCACUAUGAGGGCAUAUGCUUAUAAAUUUUACGUGGUUACUUCUGGUGGAAACAUUUUAGUAUGUAAGAAGUUUUUCAUUGAUACUUUCCAAAUAUCUACUGGACGAAUUGAUCGUAUCCUAAAAGCGCAUGAGAAUAUUCCGAAAGACAUGCGUGGAAAAAUGGAUGGGUCUUGCAGAAGAACUAGUGAGCUAAUGACGAAUACAGUGAUAGAACACAUAAAAAGCUUUCCGGCAUUUGAAAGUCACUAUACUCGAUCCCAAAAUCCAGAACGGAUGUUUUUAAAUCCUGAAUUAAACAUAAGAAAAAUGUAUAAUUUAUAUUUAGAAAAAUGCAAGGAAAAUAACUUGAGUUCAGUUAAUGAAUGGACAUACAGGAAAAUCUUUAAACGAGAUUUCAAGUUACAUUUCCAUUUGCCACGUAAAGAUACCUGUGCGAAAUGCGAUUUCUUAAACAUGAAAAUUAAGACAACAACUGAUGACGAAGAAAAAACGAUUCUUGUACAAAAACAUGAUGUACACUUGCAAGAUGCUGAAUUAGCAAGAAAA